UCACAAGAUCGCCCAUCCAUCAUGACAUUGUUAGCUUAUUUCAGGAGUGUUUCAAGUGUCUUACUUAAUGAGAGAAAAACUAUUCUAGCUUUAAAUAAUACAAUUAAGUGAUAGUCACCGCCUCGAAAUUCAAAAUCUUCGCAACUUUUAUCUCUAUUUAAGAUCGCUUCCUUCCAAAAAACCAACUCUGAAUUUCUUUCUUAUUGAUAUCAUGAACUUUUGUUCUUAAAAACAAAUUGAGGACAUUUAUUCUUAUAUUUUUUUCGUUAACAAAAUAACGAAAUCUUUUGGUCGCGAAAAACGAGAGAGAAAGAGGGUACUUUUAUAUGGAAAAAAGCAACUUGAGAGUACUUUCUUCUUGACUUUAAGAACGUUUAUUCUCAAAUAAGUAAGAAGAUGGGGAGGUAGUUAUAUUUUCUGGAGGUAGUAAUAUAAUACCCGAUUGAGAGUUGAUUUUAAUUUUCAUGGUAAGAAGCGUGAUUAAUUUUAGAUUUUUUGCCAUUGGAAUACCAACUUUGAUAGGCAAAAGUCUCUUUAGUUGACCACCAUGAAGGUAACACUAUGGCUGACGAUUUUUGCUGUUAUCUGGCUUCCAUCGCUUGGACGCAGGCACAUGUCGCGCAAUGGCAACUGCAUGGUGAAGAACCCGAUGCCGAAGAUGUGUAAGGGACCUCUUAGAUUGUAUUAUACCUUUUCACGAACGCUCUUAGAUUGUGUGCCGGUGUAUACAAAGUGUACAAAGGUAAACAAGAGAAACGAGUACCACUCGGAAAAGAAAUGCAAAGAUGACUGUUACUACUUUAUGCAACUCCCGAAAAAGCCAUGGCAGUUUGGUUCCACAGUGGCUUGGGGUCAUGGAGAAGCUCCUGUCAAUCCACCGGGUCCUGAAAUUACCAGGAGAACCACCACUACGACCACUACUACCACGACACCACCUGCAGAUGAAACACAUUUAGAUGCGAAAGAGGUCCAAGCCUCACCAACAACAGAAGAAUCAGGCACUGCGGCAUCUGCAAAUGAAGAAUAAACUUUAGGACCAAACGAAACAAAUGCAAAAACAACUGACUAAUCAAAAUUAUAUCUAUUCUAACCAUUUUAGAUCAGCAAAAAAUAUCAGAAGUUAUCAAAAUAUUUGCAGAAUUUAAUGGGUUUCAAAGCAGUUUUUUUGCUUAAGAUAAAUGUUGUUUAAAUCAAACACACUUGAAAUGCUCUUCUUGUUAUGUAAUAUAAGGAGUGCUUUUAUACGCCUUUGCACAGCCUCA